UUUCAGGUUUACAAGAAAGUUGAGCUUUUGAACUAAAAUAUUGAAGUUUGGUGCUAAAGAAAAAUUUGUUUGAGACUUGGAAUUGAUAACUUAGGAACUAUGAAACCAAUCGUUCAAAGGAUACUUGAUUUUACCGAAGAAACGUUUUUUUUAAGGUACUAGAUUCAGAGUGAUGUACUAUAUCUCCUUCACGAGGUAAAGUUUCGAGGAAUAUUUUGUUUGUCUGCUGUUUGGAAUCUCUUGUGAUUGAGGAAAAUUAUGGGAAAGAAAGGAAGAAGGCGCAGCCAAGGUAGCCAAAAGAAAUCAAAGAAUAGAAAAGAAGCUGAAGAAACAGAUGAUAAUAAUGCAGUUCAAGUUGAGGAGUCAAGGAAGUGUGUCCAUGUGUUAAAAGCAGCCAAACUUGAUGUGUUGCAGAAUAAUAUUCCUCACAUGAAGCUGAGAGAGUGUUCUUUUUGUGAAAAUGGUCAAAAUGAAGAUACUGGUAUUUGUAUAUGUCUGCAAUGUGGUAAACAGGGCUGUGAUAGAUCCAGUGAAGACAAGCAUGCUCUAAGUCACUAUGAAUCCAAUUUAGCACACUGUCUCACUGUUAACUUGUAUUCCAUGAUGGUCUGGUGUUAUUCUUGUGACAUGGAAGUCCCUGUUCAACCAAACACUGACCUUCACGAGUGCAUUAAAUUGUUACUCAAAGCAUUAAACAUGAAAGCACCAAAUGAUGAAAUGCCUUCAAUACCAAAUAUGACAAAUGGAGAACCUAUGAAGAAAUCAGAAGCAAUGAAACUUAAAUAUGUCUCAAACUCAAACAAAAUCAAGGGUCUGGUUAACCUUGGGAAUACUUGCUUCUUUAAUUCUGUUAUGCAGAAUCUCUUUCAAACAGAGCUUCUACAUGUUGCCAUGGCAUUUGUCAAUCAACCAGAAUAUUCUCAAACGAUUACCACAAGAAAUGACUUGCCCUCAGUAUCAGUUGAAGUGAUCACACCACCAGGGUCAUUAAUUACAGCCUUGACUAAGCUCCUAUAUGAAUAUAGGUCCUCUUCACCAGGAACUCUCAACCCCAAAUUUCUGUUUUCUGAGAUUUGCAAAAAAGCACCCAGGUUUAAAGGAUUCCAGCAGCAAGACAGUCAAGAACUGCUGAGAUAUCUGUUAGACUCUGUGAAGACAGAACAGUUGAGGCGGGUUAAAAUAGGAGUCCUCAAGGCAUUAGAAAUCAUAGAAGGAACUGAAGUAAAGAGUCUUCCAGAGGUAAAGAAAGAACAAUUAAAAGAGUAUGUUAGUUAUGUGACUGCGCCGUCAGUUGAUAGUGUAUUCCUUGGAAGACUUGACAGUAUUGUAGUCUGUCAUGAAUGUCACAAGGAAUCAAGAGUGACUGAAAACUUCCUGGAUUUGUCCUUAUCGCUUGCUGUGCCACAGCUUUCGAAAGGGAGACUAAAAACACCAAGUGUUUCUCAGCAAAACAAGAAGAAUACAUCCCAUCAAGGUGAGCAAGAAAACAAAGGAGAAGAUAAGAGUUCCACUAAACCACUAACACCCAGUAAACACCAGAAGAAAGCAGCAAGAGAAGCAAAGAGGAAAAAAGGGAGAAAAGGGAAGAAAAGAACAAUGAGCCACUCCGCUUCAGACGACGGUAGGCAAGAAACAAAACAACCAGAAGAAAACAUGGAAGCGACCUCCGAUGAAUCAGAUCAUGACGAAUAUCAUGAUGCAGAAGCUACUGACGAUGUUAUCACUGACCAUUCGAAGGACAAAGGUGACUUCAAUAUGGAAUCUUGCGCAAUUGAUUCUGGCUUGCAAGAAGCUGCAAAGCAAUCUGGGGGAGAAGAAGAAGCUGCGAAUGAUAAGAGAGUGGAAGACAACACCAAAGUUAUUAAGAUAGAAAAAACAGAGGAUCCUGGAAAAACAGAAGUUACUGAGGAUUCUGAGAUACGAAAUCCUACCACGAUGGAUUUUGGGGUAGAAAUAGGUGUUACUAAUGAUACCGUAACAGUGGUUGAAAACACGAAGGAUCCUGGGAUACCAUCAGAAAAAGUAAAGGAUUGUAGAUCUGGGUUAGAAAGUGGUGUAGCAAAGGAUUCUGGGAUAAAAGAAACCAUUGCAAAGGAUUCUGGGCCAAACGAAGUUACUGCAAAAGAUUCUGAAGAAGAACGACCUCAACGUAAUAAAGGCGACUUGGAAAUGUUACACUCAGAACGUGUGUCGGAUUCUGAGGUUGAACUGAAAGGAGAAAAUGAAGAAAAGAUUGAAAAUAACAUGGAAACAGACGUGGAAAAAGGGUCAAAUGAUACUAAAGACGCAAUAAAUGAUACAAAAUUCCCAUCUCUCGAGGAUGAUUUCUCUGAGCCACUGCCAAAUACUGACUUUCAAAUGAAGAAAGACAAGGAAUUAGAAAAUGGUGAAAAAUGUGACUUGAGUGGUAAAAUUAGCAACGAAGAGGAAAAUUUGAAAAGCGAAGAAGAGUUAAAUAAGAAUCAUUGUUGUCGUUCAAACAAUACAUGUAUAUCCCAUGGUGAUUCGGCGGGUGAUCGCUCUAAAACUAUAUCUGCUGAUGGAGCUGUUAAUUGUAAUGAGAGGAAAACAAUAAAAAAUGAUGAAUCAUUAGCGAAUGCAAAGUUGGAAAARAGUGAACAUCAACUAAAUGUAGAAGAAGUGGGUCUCUGUUGCGUGGUAAAUGACGUGGAUACUGCACCUAAAAUAGAUAAAAAUUUAGGAUCAUCUGAUAACAAAACACAAAGUAAUAGCAAUAAUGAAGAUGGAACACUGCAAGAUGAUGUUGCUUUGUGUAACUCGUGCGAAAGGUGUGGAAAAGUAGAGCAAAGUUGUGAACUYGAGAAGAAUGAUUGUGGUUGUUUGGUCAAGGAUGGUGCAAUGAAGAAAGCUGGUGAGACUGAAAGUGCUUUUGACGACAAGGAAAAGAUUACAGAUUCUGUUGUUACUGGGUUAAAGGAAUUGGAAAUUACUGAAAAUAAUAUUUCAGGCAAAAAUACUGAAGAACGAUUUGAUAAAAAUGCAGAAAGUAACGAACAGCAUCCUAAAAAGUCUCCAGAGCUUAAACAAAACGCUGAAGAAAAGGUUUCUUCGAACGAAGAGAAUUUUUUGCCCAAAGUUCAUACACUAGGUUCGGCUUACAGUUCCUUGCCAGGAGAAUGUUCUGUACAAUCAUGCUUGAGUUUGUUUUGUUCGCCUGAAAUUCUCCAAGGAAGAAAUAAGUUUGCGUGCGAGGAAUGCAGCAGAAGGAAGAAGAAAGGUGGUAAUGAACAGGGAAAAAAAGAUGAAGCUAGUUCUAAUGAUGAUGAUGAAGAUGAUGAUGAUGAAAGUCACAAGGGUGCAACAGCCUCAAAACCAAAGACCAAAAAAGAAUCACAAAGUUCUGUAGUUUACACCGAGGCAACAAAACUGUUUUUGUUAUCAUCCACGCCUCCUGUACUGACCUUGCACUUCAAGAGGUUUCAACAAGUGGGUUUUGGAUUGCGUAAGGUUCCUAAGCAUGUGGAUUUCCCUUUGGUCUUGGACUUGGCGCCCUUCUGUAGAAGAAACGAAGAGAUUUCUUGCGAUUCCAAGCAGCAAGUUUUGUAUUCCUUGAUCGGCGUAGUCGAACACAGCGGUGGAUUGAACAGCGGUCACUACACCGCAUUCGUGAAACUAAAGUCCUCACCAACCUAUGGUCACUUCACAGACCUGACAAACGUCAAGGACUUUUCUUGCUUUAUCGAAGGAAUCUGGAAGAAAGACCGAAAAUUGACCUACGCGCAUGCACAACCACGUAACGGGCAAUGGUAUCACGUGAGCGACUCGCGUGUCUCUAUGGUAACAGAAGCAAGAGUUUUGAAGAGUCAAGCGUAUAUGUUAUUCUACGAGAGACUGCCUUUUAGAAUUAUUUCUAAUUUAGAUAAUUAGUUGGCAAUUUAUUUCUUAAGUGGAGCAAUUACAUUUUCCCUAUAAGUAAAUAUGAAAAGUGGGACAUUGGAGAACUAAGAGCAAGAAAGAUUUUAAAUUCAAUAUAUCGCUUUAUUACACAAUACGAAUACUAAUUUUAACAAAAUUUUGCAAAUUUGUAUUUUAAAAAAUUUUCACAUUCUUUAUUAUGACUGUAUGGGUAACAGCAAAACUGAUCGAAACUCGCAUUUCCGUUGUUGGAAAAAAGCCGGAAUUACUGGCAGCAAAUAAAUAUUUAUAAAUAAUAAUAAUAAUAAAUAAAAUUGCACCUCAUUAAGAGUCUUUUAGGUGUUAA